AUGCCAGCGACACACGCUGAGCCGGCCAUCACCAACGGCCACGAUGGUCACACCCACCUGCCGCCUGCCGCUGGGAAAAAGGGCAAGGCGAAAAAGGGCGUCGACUCAAAUGAAGCCUCACGGCUCUUGGCAGCUCGCAUUUCGCAGCUGGAGCAGGAUGCAGCGGGUGAGAAGGAUCAGGAGCUUGAGAUCGAGCGAGAAGUUAAGCGCGCAUUUCGUGAUCUCCAGCAGCAAACUUCCAAAAUGGACGACACGCUAAAGAUCGACCACGUUACAAAGCGGUGUAGCGAGCUGCUUGCCGAUACGCGGCGUCUGGAAAAGGAAAAUAUAAAGAUCAAAAAGCGCGCUGAUGCUCUGCAAAAAGAACGAGACGCAAAUCGCGCAGAGUUGAGCAAGACGGUAGGCUUGAAAGAGAAAUUGGAGAAGCUGUGUCGUGAGCUCCAGAGGGACAACAACAAGAUGAAGAAUGAAAACAAGGAGCUGCAAGCUGUUCAAAAGCGCAACACUCUGUCGUGGGACGAAAAAUACGCCAACUUGCUCGCGAAACUCGAAGGCUACCAGGAAGAUAAAGAUACCCCUCGCAAGCAAGUUGUAGAUAUGGAAAUGGAGGAGCUGUUCCGAGUCCGCUUCAAAUCGUUCAUUGAACAAUAUGAGCUGCGAGAACUGCAUUUCCACUCCCAAAUGCGCACCAAAGAGAUCGAGUUACAAUAUCACCUCUCCCGCUUCGACCGAGAUAAAAAGGCCAGCGAGGCCGAAUUGGCAAAGAUGCGCCAGCUGCAGACACAGGUUCAGACGCUAUCGAGAAGCGAGACGCAGCUUCGCACAGAGCUGAAUAUGUACAUGGACAAGCUUGGCGAGGCAUGUAAUGUAAAGGCAGCCCUUGACCAGCGAGACGACAUUGCCGCCCGGCAGCGCAAAGAGAUGCAAGACCAGUCGAAAAAGGCCAAGCGUUUAGAAAAGGAAAACGAGGCACUAAGACGUCAGAAGGAGGCCACAGCUGCCAACAUUAUUCGCAUGGCGGAAGAACGACAGGAUCUGAAGAUCAAAAUGGACGCUGCCGACAAAAAGACGGAGAAGCUUAUGAGCAUCAUCCAACAGAUGCAGCAUCAGGGCCGCAGAGUCCCGUCGGAAAUGGCGUCCACAGUAGAAAGCCACAAGACUCACGGGGAAUCGACUGCGCCUGGAGAGGAUAGCGACUAUUCGGAAGACGCCGAGGAAGAAGGCGAGGGAAGCGACCAGGACGACACAGAAGAGGAGUUGCCUCCAUCCCGACCGCAACCGCCGCAGCCCGGGCCUGCGACAAAUAAGGUACCAUACGGGCCGGAGCGCCCUCCCAUACCACCAGGCAGCGCCGCCAUCAACGGACACUAG